AGUGCAAAAAGAAAUGAACAAUGUGUAACACCAUGUAAAAGCGAUCCACUCAAAUUGACCUUAUCCAAGGUACUUCCUAUGUUUGCGAUUCUCUCUUGCACACGUUUUCACUCGAGUGCACUGCACUAAAGAGUGCGGUGGAAAAUAUGCAAUAAAAAGAGGAAACACUGAAAUGAAAACGAAGUUGGCCAAAAACAAAACUCAACUACGUGCCAAACGGAAGAAGAACCAAAUCGUCAGACAGAGAAAGCUGAGAAGAAUCUGUCAAAUUGCAAGUCAAAUUAACUGAGAACAUUCUGUGCCCGACGUUAGUGCAGAUCGCAACGGAAAACUGAAGCUCCUAUUCGUAAGAAACGAAAGUCUAACAGGAAGAUACAGUGGAUAAACAUUCCGGAAUUUUAACGGCCUGUAUAUAUUAAUGAAUUAAUCAGAAUGGCCUUGACUUCGACCUGGAGUCAACUUUGGCUGGUGCUGCUCUUGGUCGUGGGCCUCUCGCUGGGUUUACCGAGCCUGGAAAAUCAUACGCAAGAUCAAAUCGAACAGGUGAUAGCUUGCAGACAGCCCAAGGCACCUGGUUUGUGCCGAGGUCGUCAAUUGCGAUAUGCCUACAACAAAAAGACGGGGAACUGUGAGAGCUUCUACUACACGGGCUGUGCCUCCACUGAGAAUAACUUCCUGACCUUCGAGGAGUGUCGCAGGGACUGCAUGCAACGCCUGCGCUACUGAAAUCCUCUUAAGCUAUGCCUAAUAUAUAUUUAAUGUUACAAAAA